CAUUGUUUCAGUUGUUGUCUGUUUACGACUAAGUACGUGUCGCUGAGAAAUCGUUAUCCCGAAAUUUGUUUUGAUGAAUCUAUUUUGUCAUAAUGUCUAAAAUCAGAGAAUAUAUUAUGUAUUAUCUUGAAUUAAAGAAGAAGCUUGAUAUAGCAGCGGCACGUGUUGUAAAUGAAAAAAGAAAUUUAGAAAACACCGCAACGGAUUAUGGACUUCCACAAAAAUUUCUUAAACAAAAGGUCGACAUCUUGAGAAGAUUAAACAACUAUUUUGAGGAAACUCUUUUAUACGACAAUGCAAUAAGAAGUGUUAUGUAUAAUUACAAAACUCUGUUAGAAGCAGCAACGUAUUACAAUCUUAACCCCGAAGAUAUUAAAAAAGAAAUUAAUCAAUACAACAUAUUACUAAAAAAUAAUAAAACCAAAGGACCGUACGAAUAUGACAAACCCUUAGACAAAGAGAGAAUUUUUACAUUUAAAGAGGAGCUCUCGUUAAUGGAUGAUUUGCGUCAAUGGAAAUACAAAAAUCAAUCAUUGUGUACUUGCCUCAUUUGUGCGAUGGUACAACUAGUAAGUCUAGCUUACCAGUCUGCUCGAGAGAAAAAUAAAAAAUAUCUUCCAGAGUGGGAUAUGUAUCAGCAGGCGGAUCGGGAUUGGCUGGUAAUUUUCGAAAUGACGCACAGCAGUAGACUUUCACAAUUAUAUCAAUACGACACCGUACAAGAAUUAUACGAAACAUGUAUGAAUAAACAAUUAGACGAAACAUAUAAGAAUAAACAACCUUCGUCAUUAGUAUUAUCGGAUGAGAAAAAUAUAUUCAAGGCACUAAGUAGUACCCACUCAAUAUCGAAUCCAUCCUCGCGUAAGAGAAAACAUAAUAUUCCUAAGAAAAUUAAUCAACUCAAUCUUGAUGAAACGACCACACAAACGUCUCGGACAGCAACAUCUACCAUUUCACAAAAUGACACUUUAACAGAUCGUGACAAAAUAGCAAGUGGUAAUAUUUUGCAAAAAGAAAAUUCCGAUUCAUCGCAAGCUUAUAAUCAGAACACCAGCGAAUUAAGAAACUUAAAUGCUCUUAUGGAACAGAAAUCAGAAGUAAUGUCUGAAAAUCAGACAGCAUCUGCCAGUUUUGCAACUAAUCAAUUUCAGAAUGGCUUGUCUUCAAAUCAAUUUCAAUUACUUGAUUCCACAAAUAAAUAUCAAGACAUUUUAACAGAUCGUGACAAAAUAGCAAGUGAUAAUAUUUUGCAAAAAGAAAAUUCCGAUUCAUCGCAAGCUUAUAAUCAGAACACCAGCGAAUUAAGAAACUUAAAUGCUCUUAUGGAACAGAAAUCAGAAGUAAUGUCUGAAAACCAGACAGCAUCUGCCAGUUUUGCAACUAAUCAAUUUCAGAAUGGCUUGUCUUCAAAUCAAUUUCAAUUACUUGAUUCCACAAAUAAAUAUCAGGAUACUUUAACAGAUCAUGACAAAAUAGCAAGUGGUAAUAUUUUGCAAAAAGAUGAUUCCGAUUCAUCGCAAGCUUAUAAUCAGAACACCAGCGAAUUAAGAAACUUAAAUGCUCUUAUGGAACAGAAAUCAGAUGUAAUGUCUGAAAACCAGAUAGCAUCUGCCAGUUUUGCAACUAAUCAAUUUCAGAAUGGCUUGUCUUCAAAUCAAUUUCAAUUACCUGAUUCCACAAAUAAAUAUCAGGAUACUUUAACAGAUCAUGACAAAAUAGCAAGUGGUAAUAUUUUGCAAAAAGAUAAUUUCGAUUCAUCGCAAGCUUAUAAUCAGAACACCAACGAAUUAGAAAACUUAAAUGCUCAUAUAAAACAGAAGUUAAAAAUAAUGUUUACAGAACAGACAUUUGCCAGUCUUGCAACUAAUGAAUUUCAGAAUGACUUGGCUUCAAAGCAAAAUCUCAAUUACUUGAUUCCACAAGUAAAUAUCGAGAAAUCAAUUAAUGACAUUUCGAAAAAAAAAAUUCAAUCUAUCGCAAACAUGCAAUUAUCAAAAGAAGAGUAA